AUGGCAUCUCCCCCACUGGUCGAGGACCAAGCACGACUGCUUGAAGAUGCCUUGACCGUCGUGCGUCAGCAGACGGUCUUGAUGCGCCGAUGCCUAGACACGCCUGGCAAGCUCAUGGACGCUCUCAAGUGCAGCUCGACCCUCGUCUCUGAACUACGCACCUCCAGCCUCGGCCCAAAGCAGUACUAUGAGUUGUACAUGUCCGUCUUCGAUGCCUUGCGCCAUCUCGCCGUCUACCUGCGCGAUUCACACCCGACCAACCACCUCGCAGACCUCUACGAGCUCGUCCAGUAUGCCGGCAACAUCGUCCCGCGUCUCUACCUCAUGAUCACCGUCGGUACCGUCUACAUGGGCAUCGAGGAUGCCCCGGUCAAGGAAAUCAUGAAGGACAUGAUGGAGAUGAGCAGAGGCGUCCAACAUCCCAUCCGCGGUCUCUUCCUUCGCUACUAUCUCAGUGGUCAGGCCAGAGACUACUUGCCAACUGGUCUUGGUGAAGGUCCCGAGGGCAACCUUCAGGAUUCCGUCAACUUCGUCCUCACAAACUUCGUCGAGAUGAACAAGCUCUGGGUCAGACUCCAGCACCAAGGCCACUCGAGAGAACGUGAACAGCGUACCAAGGAGCGUCAAGAGUUGCAGUUACUGGUUGGCAGCAAUCUCGUUCGUCUCAGUCAGCUGGUCGAUCUCGAAGCCUACAAGUCGUCUAUUCUCCAACCCUUGCUGGAACAAGUCGUCCAAUGCCGCGACGUGCUUGCUCAGGAAUAUCUGCUUGAAGUCAUCACCCAAGUCUUCCCGGACGAGUUCCACCUGCACACGCUCGAUCAAUUCCUCUCGGCCACCGCCCGUCUCAACCCCCACGUCAACGUCAAGGCUAUAGUCAUUGGCCUUAUGGAUCGUCUAUCUGCAUACGCUGCCCGCGAGUCCGAGUCUGACGCUCCUGAGGAUCGCGAGAAGGCUGAGACUGAAGCCACUACGAGAUUACUGGAAAAGAUGAAGCUCGCUUCAGAGUCCGCUUCAGCCUCUGACAACGAUCAUGCUGACAAUCAGAACGGAAACGGCGAUUCAAAACCCGAAGAUGAGAAUUCCAAAGAAGUCUCUUCUGAUCAGACCACAGAAGAUGCAACCAAGUCUGAAGUCCCAGAAGCAAAUGGAGAUACAAAGAAGCAACGGGCUAUCCCGGAUAACGUACGUCUCUUCGAGGUCUUCCACGAGCAAGUCAUCCACCUUGUCAGCAUGCAGAGAUUGCCAAUCCAAGACAUCACCGCACUUCUUGUUUCGUUGAUAAACCUCGCUUUGAACAUCUACCCUGAUCGGCUGGAAUACGUCGACCAAGUUUUCCAAUACGCCAACAAGGAGGUGGCAAGAUUUGCCAACUCUGCGGAUCUUCAUUCGCAAGCAUCUCAGGUCAACCUCUUGAAUCUGCUUCUUGCGCCUGUCAAGACCUACGUCUCUCUCUUCACAGCUCUUGCAAUUCCUAGUUUCAUCCCGCUUCUUCAUGCCCAACCGUACCCUACCCGUAGAUCGGUCGCUGGAGAAGUCGCUCGUAGCUUGUUGCGCAACGAAACCAGAAUAUCAACUUCUGAAAAUCUACAAGGAGUUCUAGAGAUUGUCAAGGUCUUGAUUAAGGAGGGAAUGCAACAACCUUCUGGUUACCCCGGAGGACCGGUGCGAAGAGCUGCUGCAGAGACUGAUGAGACUGUCGAAGAACAAGGAUGGCUUGCACGCAUUGUACACCUGAUCCGUGGCGAGGACUGCAACACUCAGUUCAAGUUGCUCCAGCUCGCUCGUGAUGCAUAUGCUCAAGGCAGCGAGCGUAUCAAGUACACCACCCCUGCAUUAAUCACAGCCUCCUUAAAGCUUGCCCGCCGUUUCAAGGCCCGUGAACAUCUGCAAGACGAUUGGUCCAGCCAGUCCUCUGCGCUCUACAAAUUCUGCCACACACUAAUCUCCACACUAUAUACCAGAGUCUCCACACCCGGUGUCCCAGAUCUGGCGUUGAGACUCUUCAUUUCGUGUGGCUCCGUGGCCGACCAAUGUGGUUUUGAGGAGGUCGCGUACGAAUUCUUCGCACAAGCAUUUACCGUAUAUGAGGAAAGCAUCAGCGACUCAAGAGCUCAAUUCCAAGCGAUCUGUGUCAUUGCACAGAGUCUCAGUGGCGCACGCAACUUCAGCCGGGAGAACUACGACACUCUCAUCACAAAAUGCGCGCUUCAUGGUAGUAAGCUGCUCAAAAAGCCUGAUCAAUGCCGUGCAGUAUAUCUGGCCAGUCAUCUGUGGUGGUCGGUCGAGAAGAACGCAGAGGAGAACGAGGAGAACAAGGAGAGCAAAGAAGGCAAAGAGCUUUACCGCGACGGCAAGAGAGUGCUCGAGUGUCUCCAGCGUGCGUUACGCGUGGCAGACGCUUGCAUGGACACGGCAGUUUCUGUUGAGUUGUUUGUCGAGAUCCUCAACCGCUACGUAUAUUACUUCGACCAAGAGAAUGAUGCUGUGACAACCAAGUAUUUGAAUGGGCUGAUUGAGCUGAUUCACUCCAACCUUAACACGAACGAGAACAGCUCGAGUCUAGACAACCCGAGAAGGCAUUUCCAGCGGACGUUGGAUUACAUUGCAGGCAGAGAGUAUGCUGGAGUCGAAACGCGACCUAAAUGA